AAGAGCAAACACAGCUGUGCAUCUACUCAGUUCUUCUCAGCUCCACUUCAGUCAAGAAUGAUGAAGGUUCUGCUGUUGGCUCUUGUUCUCGCUCUUGUGUUUGCUGAUGGCUCUGCCCUGAAAUGCUACAACUGCGUCCCGAGCGUCCCCGGAGGAUCCUGUGUGACCAAAGAGGAGACGUGUGGAUAUAAGAAAGAUACUUGUGUGUCUGCCAGAUUCACCAGUCCUCCCUUUGGCUACUUCCGGAGAUGCAUUAGCAUGGCGGAUUGCAUGAUUCUUCAGUCCAGUACCUCGAUUAAGGCCAAGUGCUGUCAGACUGACCUGUGCAAUACACCCAUCAUUUAAAAUUAAAUACAAAAAUUAUGCAAACUGGUGGAAUUUAAAGGAAAUGUUCACCCAAAAACUAAAAAUUCUGUCAUCAUUUACUCACCCUUCACUUAU